CUAUUCGGUUCGCCUCACGACUCGACCAAUGAAAAGCUUCGAGUCGGAUACGUUUACGGUGGGUAAGGUGAAGGGGCAUGGCUAUCAUUAAAUUUCCAUCGUACCAUUGUAUUUCAUAUCAACUAUCAUCAUUGUUAAAUAUCGUAAUUAUUGCAAUAUUAUACUGUUAUAGUGUUAGGUUAUUACGUAAUAAUUAAUAAUAAUUCUUAUAAAUAUAAAUUAUAAUUAUUUGGCAUUCGCUAUUCGCACUCGUCAGGCGUCGACCUCAAGAGUUUUUCAAUAAGAAAAUUACUCCGUUUCUCGUAAUCCAUAACAGAAGAACGCCCUCACCAGCUCAAGUGAUGGCUGCUACACAGUUUGUUAAGGACGCUGUUGCACACGAUCCUAUUGUUAUAUUCUCCAAAUCAGAUUGUGGCUACUGUCAGAUGGCCAAAGAAUGUUUUGAUAAGCUGAAAGCCACUUACAAGUCCAUUGAUUUAGACAAGAGAGAAGAUAUGGAUGAUAUUCAAGAUGCUUUAGAAGGAAUAACCGGCGCUCGUUCGGUUCCGCGAGUGUUUGUGAAUGGUGUAUUUAUUGGGGGUGGCUCUGACGUAAGAAAGAUGUCCCAAAAUGGCAAGUUGGAAGAGCUCCUAAAAAAAUAAUUAUAUACAACUAAGAUUAACAUACUUAAAUUAGGAACGACAUUUUAGCAUUAAAAAAAAAAAAUGUAUACUGCUUUCCAAGAACAAUUGUUUUAUUUCAAAAAGAUUCAUAAUAAAAAAAAUUACUUAAAUAUUA